UUGCGCCUGCAGCAUUCGCUCUCUCUCUCGGGGCUUCAUCCGAAAAUCACCCGCGCGCCCAUCGCCGCACGGUAACGCUCAAGAUUGGCGCUGGAGUUGGCGCGGGACACCUCGCACGACCGCGAAGCGCCUUCGGACCGAUCAUGGCGUCAGCUGUUAUCCCCAUUGGCAGUCCUGUCUCAGAAUCAUUCUAUCCAAUUCUGGCGGUUUUCCUCCUAACAGUUGGCCUUGUCUCGACCGCUUCUUUCUUCAUAUAUGAGGUGACGACAUCGAAGUUCAAUCGAAGUCUUGGCCGCGAGAUCGCUACUGGAGGUUUGGCAUCGCUUUUCUUGGGUUUCGGAUCUCUCUUUCUAUUGCUAUGGACGGGAGUAUACGUCUAGUCGAAAGAGUAGGAAUAGUAUAUCACGACACAUUUUUGUUCAGCUACUGUGAUGGCUUGUAAUGGGUCUCACCGUCUUAGUCAUCAUCUCAUUCCUAUACCUGGUGGCAGGAUACUGAAAUCUCGGUCACCAUUGUGAAGUAUAGCAAAUCUCUUCGCCUACGAAGAAAAUCAAGUUUUGAGUGCAAUAUGGCUGGGUAACAACCUAUUUUGCAUGCCUCGUUGAUGUUCAUCUCGCCAGUUUGAGUGGAUGCCUUUUCUUUAUGAGAAAGAGGACAUCGCAGACUGAGUUGCCUCACUUCAAACUGUGGGCGCAGUACCUUUGUUUAGACCAUGAACUUGCUGGCUGCAAAACUCCUGACUAUCGGUGUAAAAUUAUUCCAUAACGUCAUCCUUCAUUUGUCUUA